AAUUUGAUCGCAACCAAACUUUCAGGAAUGAUAAUGACGGUUGAUAUUAUUGAAUGAAUCAAAAUUAAAUUAGAAUUUCGGUAUAUUUUAAGAAUAUGGUUUAAUUGAAAAUGAGAAACAAGUAUCUGUUCAACUGCAGGUCAGCUCGAUUUAUUCAGCAAUAAGUCAGUUAUGAAAAUGGAGGAGAAUCCCUGGGUCAAUCCCAUUGCUGAGCAGUAUUUGCUGGGCAUUAGCCAUGUCAUUGAACACCUCAAGACCGAAACAUACAAAAUCAUCUACAAUCGUCAUAUGCAGGCAGAACGCAGUGGGCCACCGCCGCCAAAGGCUGACAAGAGCAAGAAGGCAUCCCGAGUGCGUGCCUAAGGACUUCUUGAUCCUGAAAUGAUCCUUGUCUUGUCCAGCUGUCAAGAGGCAGCUCUUUGUGUUUUCGUUU